AUGGGCAGCUCUCUAUACUCUCACGAGUUGUCUAGACCUUUGUCCUCGCUAAUCAUUUCGUAUUCGAUGCAGGUUGUUCUCUUGUCUUUGAGCUGGGCGCACGUAAUAGGGGCGGGAGACGAGUCAGCGAUUCUCGACCAGAUCGCGACUGCCUCGGAGACUGUUAUCAGGACGGAGAAGCCCGAACAAAAGCAGGAGAAAUUACAGGAUCAGGUGCUAUCGACUAUACCAAAUACCACGGUGCAUUAUGAGAAUUCGAACGGAUUCUUGCCAAUGGUGGCUUCUUCCACAUCGAAGACGCCUGACUCUCUCGACAAGGUAGACGCAACAGGCAACGUUCGGACGAAUUCUUUGAACGAGUCAAAUAACUCAAGCGUAUCGGUGGAGGCCGAUGAGGACAUUGACGAACGAGAAAGUGACGAAAUCGAGAAUGAUCCGGCUUACUCAACGGAGGCUAGGAUGUUCUUGAAUUUCCGUCAUUUGAAUACGAAUAACCGUAGAUCCUUCGAGUACCAGGAUGGACAGAACGACUUCGAGUUGCUGAAAGUUAAAGACGACACGCCUGUCGUCGCCAAUUAUCCGCAUUUCUUCGAGGUGCCUAGUUCUAGCGAAACUGAGGAAGAGGCGACCAAAUCAUCCCCGAGACACAGGAGCAAAGAAAAGGGGAAGAAACUGGAAGGUUAUCCAGAAAAUUAUGGGACAAUCUUGUCGAGGCCCAACGAGGGCCUGGCUAUUAACAACAAUCAUAAUAUUAAUAAUCAUUACUAUCCAGCGAAGGAUAAUGAGAAGGCGAGUCAGGAGAAAGUCGCCAGUAAUUAUCACCAGCAAAAUGCCAUGAACAACGACGGCCACAGACACAGUAGAGGGAACGCAUCAGCAACGUCGUCCUUGUCUAGGACGAAUCAAGAGAUGACCAAUCCUGUUACCAUCAGUGUGACCAAUUACGGUAGCGUUUACGAUAAUGUCGCUGCCCCUUCUCAGCCCACCAAUCAAAAUAGAUUAUCUAGACCAGUUGUGGUCGCGGAGUACAGUUUCGAACAGUCGAGGCCGCCCGUACCAGGCGGUGACGACUAUAUGACUUCGAGGGCCAUCAACUCAGACAGCUCUGAAGUGCCACAUGACACCAUUAAUGACAGAGACGGCAGAUUUCGAAGCGACGAAGAUUCCAGAGAUGUGUCUGACGAUGGGGAGUACAUGGAAUAUACGGAGAGACCUAGAAGGAUCCAGAAAAGCAGAAGACGACCUUCUAGCAUCGACAAUCAGAAAAGACUUCCCAAGGAACAUAGAGGAUCGAGGGAUUAUAGUGCGGAGUAUCAGAAUCAGGGCAAAAGGCACCAUUCGACUAGGACGAAGCCGCAUAAACAGAGAACAAGAGGAAAUUCCUGGGCUGACGAUCAUCGUCAUCGACAUCAAGACGAGAGCUACGACGAAACGAAGUACGACAGUGGAAUGUCAGAGACAAGAUCACAACAGAACUCAAACUUCAAGCCAGGUAAUACCUGGAGCCAAAUAUCUCCAAAUCUGGAGAUUUCACACUCGAGCGGUGUCGAAAUCGGUCAGGUCGAGAAGCCCAAGUAUAUCGUCCCGGUUAACGUGAACUUGGUACCGGUAACGAACUUCGAUCACGCGACGGCUAUUGGGAACAGUCAGGACUUCGACAUGUCAAACGCUGUCCUGCAGAACAUUGUGUCAGCCACGCCAGGUAACACGGUCAGCACACCUACUCCUAUGAUGAGCACCCCGGACGGUGCUUUUGGUCAUGAUACGGAAAUUAGAGUCUCGACACCUGUUCCUGACAUCAUCGUUGGUCAGAACAGUUAUCAAAACUCGAUGCAUGCGGUCGUACCUCAUAUGAACGAUCAGAACAAGUUCCCAACGAAUCUGAAGCCUCAAUACGUAUCCAGCACAGUUACUCCAGUGUUUGCUGUCACUCCAAGCGUAAAUCAUAACUUCCAGAGCUUUCCGAUUCAAAACGUCCAAGGAACAGUCACACCACGGACUACCUACAUCAACCAAUUACAACAGGUGCCAACGAGUCAUGGGAACAUACACCAGCUGAUAGUUCCCCAACCAACGCUUCAGACGGUCCCAACAUUGGUGCAGACGUCAGUCCAGUCUCCCUCGGACUUAAACAUCCAGGUGAAUCAUCACGGCAUGCAAGGACAAAAUCUCGUCAACCACGGGAAUUUACAGGUACAGAGUAUCCCAACUAUGUCCACAGUGACAUCUACACCUCAACCAGUCCCAGUCACAAAGUUUAACUUGGUGACAGCUGAACCUCAGAGCAAAAAGUCUCUGUAUUCCGGCUCGACCGCUAAUUUCUUAGCUACCGCGAGUCUAGCUGUCGGUCAAAACGAUCAAAGGCAAUCUUCAAAUAGUAACUCUUACUAUUUACAGAAUCCGAACACUCAGCAGAUUUUCAAGCAACAGGGAGGAGUCUAUCAGGUGAAGAACGUUAAUAUAGCCCCGAAAACGAAGACGUACAUUCAGACGACUCACCUGUUGCCAGCCGUGCUGCAACCACUGCCGACUAUGACUACUAUAACAGCUGGUACACAGCAAGUAAUGCCUGAACGGCAUACAGUUCAAGGUACCAACUUCGUGGUUCAGUCUUCACCAGAUCAGAUGCAACAGUUCGUUAAUAAUAACGAAGUGUCCGCCACGAAGAACUUUAACUUGCCUUCUAUGACUUAUCAAAUGAUCGAUAACCAUGGUAGCCAUAGUAGUAGCAAUGUUAACACACUAAAUACGUACACAGGUGUUUCAGGGACCGCUGAGAACGCUCAUCUGCCCUACGUUGGCACCAGGAACGUCGAAAUCGUGAAUCCUAAUAUCAAGCCGAGUCCAGUCGACGCCACGAUUAUAAAUCCAUACGAGACGAUGCAUUAUCCCACCGCGGUUUUCACCACGCCUAUUCCUAUGUUCGCCACUACCAGUGUCGUUACUGCAAGGCCAAUGAUGUCCACCACUACGGAUUCCAGCAACGUUCACAGUCUAGUGAACUCCCUGACCGAAAUGGGUUCGAAGAACAACCUGGUUAUAGGCGAUACGAAGACCUACCAGUCCCAAGACAGGCCAGUGUUCAAUCCCAUCAACUUCGUGCCCAACACGGACGUGGUCAAAAACCAAAACGCUUUGAACAGCAAGCUUCACGCUACCGAGCCGCUGCAACAGAACCUGAAUCUCGUUCCUCUGAUACCGGGAGGACACUUCUUCAAACCUUCCUUCAGCUCCCACAGCGAAUUACAGGCGAAACCAAAAUUGAAUACCGACUUGGAAACAUACGCCGACCAGAUGUUCAGAGAGUCCUUGAAGACCAUAUACAAUUCGCAGAAGUGGAACAAUGACCGGAAACCAGGAGCCCAUCGUCAGAAUACAACUGAUUUGACUGAUAUCACGAAGUUGAAGCACGAGCUACAGAAGCUGAAGGCUUCGCUAUCAGAUUCGAAACGGAACAAGGAUCACGAAGCCCAUUAUAGCGAGACGAAAACGCAGACGGCGGAUUUUCCCAGUAAAAAGCCAGAUGAAUUGUUAGCUGCUCUCGAACACAUGCUGAAGACUCAUCCAACAGAUUCUUUUAAUGGCUAUCAUGGAAGCGGUAGACCGCACAGGCAUCGCAGACCGAGCGAUUCGGAUAAGUAUACGUUCGGGUCUAACAGUGAUUACAGGGACACCAAACAUGUCAGAGACUAUAUGACGCAUUCACAGUCAGGCUCUCAUCGUGGAAAGGGACAUUAUCACGAUAAACCGGGGAAGAAGAGGCCAAACUCUGGACCAACGAGACACAGUGGCCCGAAUCACUUUCACGGACCAAGAAGUCAUCACAGACACAAUUUGUCUCCUAAGUCCGGUGGGCUGGAAACUUCAGCGACCAAUAGUGAUCCAGUUCACGCUCAUAGACCACAGUUUGAGAAUUUCUUCGAUUCCGGACAUUCACGCUCGGAAUUCAAUAAAAAUCCUUUCGAUUCGUUUGCAUCGUUCAGUAAUUCGCAGCCUGAGAAUACGAAAGAGUCUAAAAGCAACAAAGGUGGGAAAGAUCGUGGGAUCAAUCAUCCUAGGAUGCACAAUUUUUUUGGACUGCUGAUGAAGAAUAAACAGCUACCCGUCGGUGGCACACCGAACUAUUUCAGAGACGAGGACCAACUGAAUCAGUUCUUCGAGGACGAGAAACAACGAUCCCAACAGCAAUUUUACGUCGAUAACUUGAGGGAUUAUUUGCACAAGUACUCCGAGGGCAAUUCGUAUUCCACUUUGGGACGUAGUGGAAUCGAUGUUCGGAGAUCGUUGAUAGAGAAGGGGACAGGUUGA